GUGUAUAUGAGACUGUCGUUUCGACCUUGUGCGGGCUACGUUGGUCUGUUAUCGAGCUUUAUUCGAAGAUGAUCGGCCGAUCGAUUAUUAAUGUGUGUUUCUACGUGUAAAUUAAAAAAACUGAAAAGUGAAAACUCGAUAUUUCAAAUUUCAAUAAAAUUGAUCUCUUUAGAUUUGUGUAGAAGGUCGUUUUUUCUUUGUUUUAUACCCUCACUCGUUUACAAACCUUCAUCGUCCGCGUUGCAUCUAAAUUACAGUCAGACAUAAAAACGCUUAUCAAAAUUAACAAGUAAAUUACAAACGACAAUGUUUGCGUUCAGUAAGGCUGCCAAGUGCAUUACUUACUCGAAAUGCGGCUGUAUUCCCGGGGCGUGGACGGAAAGAAUGUUUCAAAGAUUUUUUAUCAUCGAGUCGAGCACUUCACAAAGUACGUGGGACUAUCUAAAAGAUAAAUUGGGCUUGCAGAAAAAAAGCAAUAUUAAACAAGAUAUUACAGAAGAAUUAGAGGCCAGCUACUUAGAACCAGAACCGAUACCCGUGCAUACUAAUUCAACCGAAGAAAUGUGGAAACCCGGUUAUAGAGGCCGUACUGAAAAUAAACGCUUUUAGCUUCGAUCGAAAGUCAUUUCGAUAAAAUUUUUAUUGUCUAAUAAUUGUCCUUCUAAAAAUCAAUGAUCCACAAAUAAAAAAAUGUAAUAUUCGUACACGAAAUGCGACACAAACCCAUGCAUUGUCUAUAGUUUUAUAGAGAGCGCCCUGCAUAAAUUACUAAUAUCGCCGUAUUAUGAUGAUAGAUAUUUGUUAUAAAUAAAUUGAAAUCUUGUGUAAGUCAUCUCGAUGCAACUUUAGUUUAACUUCGCGGUUUUAGAGAAUACAGUGAGUGAACUUCGAUACACACGAGAGAAGGUCGACUCAAAAAUAGAAGAAGAUCGCGUAAACAUUUUUGACGGUUAUUGUGUGGCAACCUUUUAUAUCUCGUACUUAAUCAUUUGCUGUUGGAUAGAAUCAUAAUAAAAUUUUGUGAAAAAAUUUCUCAAAAUCUACUUUACGACAUGUAUUCUCUUAUUCCUCGAUCACAGAACAGGAAUCAAAUGCGCUCCUUGGCGAAAUGUGAAUUAGGACGAUAUCUGUCGACAGCUUGCGUUAAAUUCUCCGAGCGAAGAUCUCAAGGUGGAUUGUUUUCGAGGUUGAGAAAUGUCUUUCAGCAUUCAGGUAGAGUAUGAAUUCUCAAAACCUCGAUUUUCCCGGCACAAAAGGUGCACGCUGCGAAAAAAUAGUUCGUGGGCUGUUAGUGCAAAGCAAAUCAAAUUCAAUCCAAUGCUGUUGAAAGAUUGGGAGUUUUUUCAAAAAUCCUGCAUGGCUUUUGUUUACAAGAGAAACGCAUCAGAUUUAUCUAUCGAAAACCCGAAACCACCCAUCAGAGAUCCAAGCAUGCCAGAAGGGAGUAAAAAAAAAGAUGAAAAAAAGAAGGAUAAAAAAGAUAAAAAACCUGUAAUGUACGCAGCAGAAGAUUCAUCGGAAUCGCAGUCAACAAAAACACCCGCAAACGAAAUCAAACAAAUCUUUCGUAAUAAGUGGGGCGUCAAAUUAAUCGAGAACGUAAACAUCUCUGACGAAAAUGCAAGAACGUAUAUGAAAAGUAUUUCAUCUCCACAAUGGGGCGUAAAUUUAAACUCGUCGAUGGAUGAAAAUAAACUUUUCGAUACAACCGACAAAGCUGACUCAAGUAAAGUACGACUGGCAUUGGUAAGUAAAGGGAAUGAAGAGAUGGAUAAAUCUUACGUCAAACGUCCUAAAAGACAAGGAGACGAGUUUACAGUAGAUCCAAAUUUUGCACUGUACUACAAGACCGGCGACGAGUUCAUCGAUUACGACGAAGAGUAUUACGUGCCUAUGGAAAUGUCGGAUAAAGAGGUAGCUACAGCCUGGAAGGAAUUAGUGGUAAACUCAAAGCGACCCAAGGCGAAAGAAGAUGAGGCAACGCCUGUAGAACUGCAAGAAGUAGAAUCGAUAUUCAUUCGUCCAGAACCACCUGCGCCGAAAUUGGACGUCAAGAGUAUAAAAUCUUCGGAUAUCUCGAAAUCUAGCAGCGGAUCAUAUACACAGACAGCACAUUUUUCGACGUGUACAUUUUUUAUGACACCUAUAACAACGGGUAACGAAUCCUCAACCGACUCUUUCAAUCCCAAUGUAAGUGCAUUUCAUCUGGUCGAAGAGGCUAAAAAUUCGGAAGAAACUGUAUUUUCUCCGUCAAUUCUGCUGCCGAGCAGACCACUCAGCCCUAUCGAAUCUUCUUACGAAGCGUUCAGAGAAGAUGACGAUGAGUUUCUGGAAAAUCUUACUACUUCGCCGGAUACAGCAUUGGAUUUUGCCAACGAUGAUCGUAUAACGCAGUCUAUUACAAAAGAACAGCUUCAUUCCAAUAUGAAAGAAUUCGAGGCGAUGAAAGAAAAUAAAACCUAUAAAUUAUCUGGAUUAUCGAUUGAGGACCGAGCAUUUAAGAAUAGUGAACAAAAUUAUGAUGGUUCUAUUAUGGAUGGUAUGAGAUUAUCACCCUUGAAUCAGUUUCAUGUUACUAGAUUCGACAAAAAACAAUACACGAGUUCGGCCAAUGACGAUGCAGAUGAAAUGACAACGGAAUAUACUAUCGAAGGAGAUACCGUUAAAGUCAAUGGCGACCCUUAUCCGUACAGCAAGGAACAUUUUGAAAAGUGGCGCUCGCCUAAAACAGAAAACUUUAACAUCCAUUAAAUAUUGAUCCCGAGUAUAGAAGUAAAAAGUAGCUACGUCGAAAUUUAUAGAUUCAACUAAAUUAAAUGAGAGUGAUAAAAUUUCGAACAAAACUAAAAAUAAGAAAAAUAAUUCUUGGAGUUUUACGUCAUGGUUUGGUAAAUCGAAACCUGUUUUCAUUCAUCCAAAUCACCUAGGAGAAAAUAUUAUUGAUAAAUUAGUUGAGAAACCUGCUGUCGUGCCGGCCUCAAAACAACCAACUGAACUAGUUCCUGACAGCUUACAUCAUUUCCAACUACAGCGCAUUAAAUCGAUAAAGAGCGGAGAACUGGAACGGAUAUACGAACUGAAAAAUUAUGAUCAUCUCAAGCUCGAUGAAAUGGCAGAGUCAAAAGUUUUCGCCAUUCCAAAAAUAGAAAACGAGAAAGCGAGGACUGAAGUAAAAACAGAUGCAGAAAAAAUUCAAUAACAUAUAUUGCAAUAGCCGUCCUGUCAGAUAAAUUUUUCUUGUCAUGUUCUUUUCGCGUAUAAGUAAAAAAUUCGAAAUUCGAAUCUGCCAUUAACUUCGAUAUUUAACUAUUCUGAAUAAAUACAGCCACAGUCACAUCCA